AUCGAAUGGACUUGGCAACUUUUGCCUCACCGAGAAAAGCCUCAGGGAAGGAGAGCGGUCCGUCUAAUGAAUCCCAUGGUGUGGCAUAAGGUCGCUGCAGUUUCUGGGGUUGCUGCGCUUGGUCUCGGGACUUAUGGGGCCCAUGGCUUCAGGCCCCAAAACCCUUCUUACAAAGAGGUCUGGCAGACUGCGUCUCUGUAUCAUUUGGUUCACACGGCAGCGUUAGUUGGAGCUCCCAUAACCAAACACCCCCAAAUUUUUGGAGGCCUAUUGACUGCUGGGAUUUUGGCAUUCUCUGGAACGUGCUAUACUGUGGCUUACCUUGAAGACAGAAGGUACUCUUCACUAGCACCAUUUGGUGGCUUUGCAUUUAUUGCUGCUUGGGCCAGCCUGCUCUUCUGAUGGCAAAUAUUUCUUCGGCAGUGCAUCUCUAAAUUAUAUGCUUGUGAUGCUUAGCUUUAUAUGGUUUAGUCCUGGGGCAUGAUGUUUACACUUGGAGCAUUCUGGGAAUAAUUUCCACUGAAUGUUACAUUCUUCUAAAUGUUGGACAUUGGAUAUGUGCUUAUGCAAAUCCAUGUGAAUCGAAUUUACCAUAUUUAUCUCCUGAAACCCAAUAUUUUGGCUGUUCAUUUUACCAAUGUGGUGAUGCUUUUUCUGUU